GUCUGACGCAGACCUACCUGGCGAGCUGCCCGCGGUGCCCCGAGCACCGGUGCCCCAACUGCCACUGCGGUCGGUGCCCUUCGAUCCCAGCGUGCCCGGCGUGCCCAGGCGCGCCCGCUGUUCGGCAAGACGCUGCAGAGGUGGAGCUGCAAUUCGGGCCGCCGUGGAGCUGGGCCAUCGCGCUGCUCGGCGCGGGGUGCCUGGCCGGGGCGUGCGGCGCGGAGGCGGCGAGUUGCGCGUGGGUGUACGUGCUCUACAAUGGGGAGGGCGAGCUGUGGCACCAGAGGCGGCGCGUCGGGAGCUCAAGGGUGUCCUCGGCGACUAACUACAUCCUCACGCCCGACGGGGACUGCUACGCGGAGAGGUACGACCUGGAGGAGGCGCACAUCUCGGCGGUGCGGUACGCCGAUGCGCGAUGGCAGCCACCUCCCGGGCUGGCGCGCGGGAGCGUGUACAGGUUCCGAGCGGCGCCGACCCAGCAGGAGUUGGACGACGCCUUCGUCCAGUCGGAGGCUCUGGAGCGGGCGGAGCAUCGUGCGAGGGAGGCGGCAGCAGGCCGCGAUCCAGCGGUGAUCCCGCCAGGAGGCUACCUGGAGCGGCUUCCUGUCCAGCCUGCGGCGGCGGCAGCAGCGGAUGGGGUGCUGGUUCCAGCGGGCGCCGUGACCUUGGGCGAUGUGGCGCUGACGCCGACAGGCGAUGGCAGAAGCUUGUGCCUGCGACGGCUGAGGCGUCAGGACGUGAUGAGUUGGGUCGGGGCUGAGGCGGCUGGAGACGCGCGGAUCCUGAACGUGGACCUGAGCGAAGCUGGGCGGCAGAGGACCCAGUGGCGCGACGUGGUGAGCAAGUCGAGCGUCACUGACUUCGCCGACUGGCCCGUGGUCGGCCCCAGGACCACCGAGUGGUGCAUGAUGUUCUUGAACAGACGAGGAGGUGGGCCGAUGGACCACCACAGGUAUUUCACGGUGCUACACGGCCUCGAGACGGGCGACUGGGGUGUCGACACGCACCGCAUGUGCCUCAAGGCGGUGGAAGAGGCGGGGACGCAUGACCACCUGGAGCUGUGCAACCUUGCGAGCUUCGAAGUCCUCUUCCGCCAGGCCCAGCUGGUAGAGUACGUGCACGAGCAGGAGAGGGUCGCCAGGCAGAUGGCCGGUGGCAAAGGAAAGAAGGGAGCCGGCAUGGGUGCAGGGCUGCUGGACGAGAGUCUGGUGUUCACAGGCCAGCACCGCGAGGCGGGCGGCGUCGUGCUGGCGCCGGAGCUGAUGGACUUCGCGUCGCGGGAGGUCGAGAGGGAUGCCGACAUCACGAAGCAGGUGGGGAAGGCGCGAGAGGAGCGCCGGGCCCUCACCAACAACAAGAAGAAGGGGCAGACAGGCCUGCCAGCGCUGGUUCAUGGUCCCGGAGGGGGGGGCAAGAGUUUGAGCCACGCAGUCCGCCGGCGUGGACGUCGGGCGCGUCAUCGAGAAGAUGGGGCGCCCGGGACGAUCGCCACCCUCAACGAGCUGCACGGGGCCAGCGAGGACCUCGACAGCACUCAUUUGCGUCCGAGUGCGGCGCAGCCUUCCUGCUUGGCGCGGAUCGAGCAAGCCCACCGCGAGCUCGGUUCGCCUCCAGCCGACUUGCAUGGGCAGGGGGCCUUGGAGGAGCUCCUGUCGAAGCAGAGCCACGGCGGCGUCGCUGGAGCUGUUGCCCCCCUCGAGGUGGAGCGGGUAGCCUUGCCCAGUCUCCAGCGCCGGCCCGCGCGCAUCCAGGCUGUCGGGGGCUCGGCGGGCGCGAAGGUUCUCGAGGUUCUCAAGAGUUUGGUUCGGGCGCCCGAAGAUGGGGCGGCUGAGGAAGAGCGCCAGCAGUUGCGCCGAGCCUACAACGACCCGGUCGUUCGCCAGAAGCCGAAGGAGCAUGCGCAGCUCCUUAGGAAGCUGCACGAACGGGGCAUCAUCGAGCACAGGCGUAGCUGCAAGAGGAGCGCCGGUACGUUCUGCGCAUGGAAGAAGGGAGGGGAACAACGUCUUAUCCUGGAUUGCAGAGUGAGCAAUUGCUGGUUCAAGGACGCCCCAGGAGUGAGCCUGGCUACAGGCGACAGUUUUGGACGGCUCGCGAUCGAGGGGGCCGAGCCCGUGUACGCGUCGGGCGUGGACAUCGAGGUGGCCUUCUACUCGACAAGCCUGCCCGAGGAGCUGCGCGAGUACUUUGGGACGGAGCCCGCGUGCGCAGGGGCUGUCGGAGUUCGAUGGCUUGACGGGGAACGCGCGCAUCCUGGAGCAAGGGUCGUGCCGGUGCUGAGCGCGCUGCCCAUGGGCUUCAAGGGGGCGCUGCACGUCUGCCAGGCGCUCCACGAGGCGGUGGCCGAGAGGGUCACUGGCGUGGAUGCGGACAACAGACUGGUGGACGGGCGGCCUGCCCCUGCGGUGCCCCAGGGCUGCGCCCACACCGAGUGCGCGGACAACUUCGCGGCGCUCGGGGCGGGCGGAGAGGAGGGGCGCUGGCUGGCCACUGAGGUCGGCGCCGCUCUUGAGGCCGACGGGCCAGGCGUGCAUCCAGCCACUUGCAGCCCAGGCGGAGAUGCGCUUGGCUGGCACUUUGACGAGCUGCGGCCUGCAGCGGGGAUCGCUCCACGCACGGCCUGGCGGCUCAUUCUCGGCCUGCGCGAGAUUCUGCGCAGAGAGCUCAAUAUGGUGUGGAGCCCCAAGGUGACGGUUUUCGACGCGAGCGAGUGGGGCUACGGGGUUAUGGAACGACGAUGCGACAUGGGUGCGAUCAAGCAUGCGGGGCGAUAUUCUGACAGCGUCUCGGGCGACCAGGUGAUCUUGGAGGCCCGGGCUGGUGUUUGGGCGCUGCGUCACAUUCUGCGGGACAGCAAAGCCGUGGGUUGUCGGCAUCUCGUGCUCAGUGAUGCCAUGGCCGUUGCGCUCGGGAUCACCAAGGGUCGGAGCUCGAGUCGGGCGAUGGCGCGCUGCCUCAGGCAGUGGGCCGCCUUGUGCCUGGCCAGCUUCGCCGCAGUUCACGCGCGCUGGAUCUCCUCCGAGAGGGACGCGGCUGACGGGGCCUCGCGCGGCUCUGAGGAGCGCAGCGCCGCUGCCUGUCGGGAUGCUCAGCCGCGGCCCAAGCGCGAGGCGGCUUGGAGGCCUGGCGGCUGCCCCGACGGCGGCGGCUUCGAGCUCGUGGACCCCGCGACUGGCGGCUUCAUCCGAGGCGGCGGUGGCGACCCCUUUGUCCUCGGGCCGCCGCCUGGGCUCGAGCUUCCCAAGGCGAGCGCGAGCGCGGCCGCACACCAUCGCGCAGGCGCCAGCCGCGGGGUUGCCGCCGCCGGGCGGCGGCAGGCGCUGCUGGGGCAGGAGCUGACGCAGCUGGAGCGCGGCGCGCCGCUCGGGUCUCGCCCGCUGACCGCGCUGGAUGACGAGGCUGUGGGGCCCCUCACGCAGAAGGACUACCGCAAUCGGUUCAGCUGUUUCGUGCGCUGGGCCUCCAGGAACGGGGUGAGCCUGAAGACUCCGGCGGACGCCGACGGCGCGCUGGUUGCGUGGCCGAACGAGCAGUUCUUCGAGGGCGAGCAGCUGGCGACGGGAACCAAGAUGCUGGCGGCGCUGGGCCAUCUGCUCCCGGGGGUGCCCCGCGGCGCGCCCGAGCUUCGGAGAGCGACGCCCAUGGCCUUCGUGCUGCUGCUGCUGCGGCCAGCGGAGGCGCUGAGGCUAGCAGGCGGGCGCCUAGUGGCGCCGGCGGGGGCGCAGGACGAGUGCAUGGUGUUCGACAACCCCGAGUUCGAGCUGGUGGUGCCGAUGCUGGUGAGCUUGCAGAAGACCGUGUGGCAGGACGCCGCGCGGUCCGCCGCAAAGCGAUUGUUCCCCAGCCUCGCCGCCCCCACGCUGUACCAGCUGAGGCACGGCGGGGCGUCGCACGAGGCGCUGACCGAGUUCCGCAGCACCGGGGGCCUCAGGCGCCGAGGCAGGCGGCACAGCCUACGGUCCGUCAAGCGGUACGAGAAGGGCGGGCGCGUGAACCAGGUGCUGAGGUCGCUGACGCCCGAGGAGCUGAACGCCGCGCUAGAGGCCGAGCGCACGCUUGGCGCGCGCCUCUCGCG